CUCUCUCCCUCCCUCCUUGUGGGGAGGCUCUUGGCCCGGGUCCCUGAGCCUGGGCGGGCACUGGUGGAGGACGCCGCAGGGGUGAGGUCACGUCUCCCUUGAGCCCCGCGCCGCUGGCUUUUCAGAGCCUUGCCGCGAGCCGGCGGCCAGAGCCCGAGACCGCGCCGACCGUGCGCUCCUCCGCCCGGGUCUCGCCCAUGUCUCAGUACGCCCCCAGCUCGGACUUCAAGAGGGCUUUGGACAGCAGUCCCGAGGCCAACACUGAAGAUGACAAGACCGAGGAGGACGUGCCCAUGCCCAAGAACUACCUGUGGCUCGCCAUCGUCUCGUGUUUUUGCCCUGCGUACCCCAUCAACAUCGUGGCUUUGGUCUUCUCCAUCAUGUCUCUGAACAGCUACAAUGACGGCGACUAUGAAGGAUCCAGGCGGCUUGGGCGGAAUGCCAAGUGGGUGGCCAUCGCCUCCAUCAUCAUCGGCCUUCUCAUCAUCGGCAUUUCUUGUGCAGUUCACUUCACACGGAAAGCCUGAGGAGCCAGCAGGAGGUGUGCUGAGAGCGUGGAGGAUGGACCUCAUCCGCACACACCCCAAAGGAGUUUCCGAGGAAAGGAUCCUUGACUUCAGACUGUGAGAUCUUUUCCUCCGGGACUCUCCAGAGGCAGGUCCCUGGCAAAUGAACAUCAACAACAACAACAACAAAAAAGUCCAAAUUUUUAGGAAAUCCAAGCAACACAGCCAGAUCCACCAGAGUCAUUGAUUUAUAAAAACAAAAAAAGAAAGAAAAAAAAAAUGAAGUCUCACUGUUGUAGUUUAGUGAAGCCCAUUUGUGUCCAUUCCUCCUCUCCAGAGAUGAGCCUCAGGAAAUGUCAUUUACUUUUAAUUGGUGGGGAGGGGGUUCGGGUUUGGGGGAGAGGGAGGUUUCUAGGAAGAGCAGUGGAAGCUGGUAUUUACAAUGUCAGGCACAAACAUUGGCAGCAUGUUUAAAAUUGUCUGUUGGAGUUGAAUUUGUGGAUUUGCUUUUCUUUUAUCCUCACAUGUUGUAACUUCACUUCAGUAACUUCUCCUCCAUCAGCACUGUCAUUCCCAGAGCUCAGCCAGGGGGUCAACGACUCAGAGGAAGGGGCUUUCUGGACUUUUGUCUUGAUCAGUGCUUGUCCUGAUAGGCCUCCUCUCUUGUGUGUAUCCACACUGGUCAACAUGACCACAGCCUCACUCUGAGAAUGUACUUGGUGUCAAUUCUAGACACAUGAGCACUUUCUCCACCCCAGUUUUGGGAAUAAACUGGCUGUGUUUAUGGAAUGUGCUUUUUUUUCCCCAAUAUGUCUCUCUAUUUCUCUCUAGCAAGUCUCAGGCAAAAUCUUUGAUUUUUCCUGGUUGCCACCUGGAAAUGCCACCCAUCUUUUCUGUCAAAUGUAAACCCUUUAGGUGCAAAUGUACUGGUUUAAUGACACCAUUAUUCUGCCUGCCUCUAGUUUCACAGAGCAUAAGACGUGUACCACUGGUGGUACACAGGAUAAUUUUUAAGUAGUUUACAGACAUGAUAUUAGGUAAUAAUGAAUCAUAAAGAAACUUUCUUCUUUUGUAUUCUUUUUCCAUCAUGAUGACAGCAAGGAUAAACUCUCUGUUGAGUGCUAACGGGUCUUUAACACCUUGAUUAAUAACACUGUGGCUCUUUUCCCUUUUUAACAAAGAAAGAGCAGGCCUCAGCUUCAGAGUCUUCUGUCUGGAUAGAAGUUAAUGAUAUUGUUUUGUUCUUAUGGUAUUUAUUUUAUCUAUUACCUUCCAUUUAUGGCUUCCCACAGAGGGAUGUGAUAUGUAUUUCCUAUUCAAAUAAAUUAACUUAAAAGAAGUAUAAGGACUCAAAGAAAAAUAUCAAGUGUUUAACACAACAGAUGAUAUGCAUAUAUGGCAAAAGUUACUUCAAGAACUAAUAUUAGAAGCCUAAUGAUAAUGAACUUGCAUAAGCAAA